AUGGAGAGAUAUCCUCUAAAGGCAAAGCAUAACCCUGCGGUUGUGGCCUUCCUGGUGGCGUAUCAUCAAAACAAGCAGCUAAUAGGAGAGAAGGGGCUGCUCCCUUGUAAACUGUACCUGCAGAAUGUCAAAAAGUAUUUCAAAGGGAAGAUAAACCUGGAUGCUCUGAGCUAUGCGCCAACAAUCAUCUGGUUUCUGGACUGGUCGGACAUGGACAGCAUCUUGGACUACCUCUCUCUGUGUGGCCUGGCAACUUCAGCCUUUGUAUUGAUAACUGGAUGUGCAAACAUGGUCCUCAUGUUUGUCCUGUGGGUUCUCUACCUCUCGUUGGUCAAUGUUGGACAGAUCUGGUAUUCCUUUGGAUGGGAAUCGCAGCUCCUGGAAACGGGAUUCCUGGGGAUAUUCCUCUGCCCGCUCUGGACCCUCUCCCGCCUGCCCCAGCACACUCCUCCUUCCAGCAUCGUCAUCUGGGGCUUUCGGUGGCUCAUCUUCAGGAUCAUGCUCGGAGCACAGCGGAUUAAAAUUCGAGGAGAUCGCUGCUGGAGAGACUUAACUUGUAUGGAUUAUCACUAUGAGACGCAGCCAGUGCCCAACCCCAUCGCCUACUUCAUGCAUCGCUCGCCAUGGUGGUUUCACCAGUUCGAGACCCUGGUCAACCACUUCAUCGAGCUGGUGGUGCCAUUCUUUCUCUUCCUGGGACGGCGCAUGUGCAUCGUUCAUGGCCUCUUGCAGAUCCUCUUCCAGGUGCUUUUGAUCAUAAGUGGAAACCUGAGUUUCCUCAACUGGCUGACCAUCGUGCCCAGCAUCGCCUGCUUCGACGACAUCAGCCUGGGGUUCCUCUUCAGCUCCAGACGAGGAGGGGUGAAAGAGCGGGUGGCGCAGAUGCAGCUCGGAGGGGCAGCCGGGGAGCAGCUUCCCCCGCGAUACGGCUGCUACGUCCGCAAAGUGGUCAACAUCUCCUUUGGCCUCCUCAUCGCUUAUCUCAGCAUCCCGGUUGUCCUAAACCUGCUCAACUCCAGACAAGUCAUGAACACCUCCUUCAACCCGCUCAGAAUAGUGAACACCUACGGAGCUUUCGGGAGCAUUACCAAGGAGAGAACAGAAGUCAUCCUUCAGGGGACAUCCAGCCUGGAUCCCAAUGACCCCGCUGCUGUCUGGGAGGAGUAUGACUUCAAAUGCAAGCCAGGGGACUUGAAGAGGAGGCCGUGCUUUAUCACCCCCUACCACUACCGCCUGGACUGGCUUAUGUGGUUCGCUGCCUUCCAGACCUAUGAGCAGAAUGAAUGGAUAAUCCACUUGGCUGGGAAGCUGCUGGCCCAGGAAGAGGAGACCUUGUCCUUGAUGGCAACGAACCCGUUUGCGGGCAGAGCACCCCCACGGUGGAUCCGAGGAGAACACUUCAAGUACAAAUUCAGCCGACCCGGGGGAAAGCAUGCCAGCGAAGGGAGGUGGUGGAUACGGAAGAGGAUCGGCCCUUACUUCCCCCCUGUCAACCUCCAGGGCCUGAAGAAAUUUUAUGAAGACAGGAGUUGGCCAUACCCUGCACCAGACUGA